UUUUUCUUCUGCUUGUCCUCGAAUUAGGGUUUCGGCGGAGCGCAGGAAGGGAACCUUCGUCAAACGACAAUGGCGGACGAUGACUACAAUGAAGUAGAUAUGGGUUAUGAGGAUGAGCCGCCGGAGCCAGAGAUUGAGGAAGGAGCCGAGGAAGAUGUUGAGAAUAAUAAUAAUGAAGACAUUCCUGAUCAUGUUGGGCCUGAAGGUGAAGAAAAAGAGGAACAAGAACAGGUUCAACGCCCUCGGAAGACUUCAAAAUAUAUGACUAAGUACGAGCGUGCGAGAAUCUUGGGUACACGUGCCCUGCAGAUCAGCAUGAAUGCACCUGUGAUGGUUGAGUUGGAAGGUGAGACUGAUCCACUUGAGAUAGCAAUGAAGGAGCUCCGAGAGCGCAAGAUACCAUUUACCAUCCGUCGUUACUUGCCUGAUGGAAGCUAUGAAGAUUGGGGAGUUGAUGAGCUAAUUGUGGAGGACUCCUGGAAGAGGCAAGUUGGAGGUGACUGAUCGGUCAAUAUGUGUGUCACAUCUAGGUUGGAGGUUCUCGUAACAUUUUGAUUAGAUUUAGUAAUGUAUAAAAGGUCUGUACAUUUGAUGGUCUGUAGAUUCAGUCAUUCAGUGGUUAAACAUGGAUGCCAUUGUUUGACGAAUGAAUGGUAAUGGGUGUCAAUUCCUACAAAAUAGCAUGCGCCACUUGAUUGUGAAAUAGGCUAGGGAUUGUUUUGGGGGAAUGGAGAACGAUAUCCAAAAAUACUUCCAUCUUAAACUCGUUGAGCUUGAAUGUUUGAAAAUAGUCGACAGUGACCUAGUGGAAAAAAUGUCUUGAAAUGUUUUAUUCAGUUCGUGUGUGAUACAGCGAGGAUUAUUGUUCAGGUUAUAAA